AUGCUAUUCUUCGCUAGUUCCAUCCUCCUUGCCGCAGUUACUAAUGCGCGACCAUCUCGGGUAUUAUAUAGAGAAACGCCAGUCGACGUUGGGGGGUUCAAGGUUCAAGCAGCUAAUAGGAUAAUUCCUGUUGUUGUUGGUGGACCACAGGAUACCUUCGUACCCAACACCGUGAAGGCAUCCGUUGGAGAUAUCAUACAGUUCCAGUUCAGCAAUGGCAAUCAUACCGUAACUCAGAGUGCUCAGAACGCUCCGUGUACACCUCUUGAAGGCGGUAUCCACAGCGGACAUAUUCCAUUUCAAGAUGGGCAAACCACUGUUGGCACGUUCAAUAUGCCUGUAACAAACGCCGACGCUUUGUUUUUAUACUGCGCCACAGGGCCUCAUUGUCAAGAAGGGCAGGUCAUGGUCGUCAAUCCUGCGGAUGACCAGCAGAUUGUCGACUAUGCUAAGGGGUCGCAAUCGACAACAGCUAGUGUCGAUGGUACCGCAGUAGUAGGAGGGACAGUUGCUUCCAUCCCCCUCGAUGCCGCUGCCUUCGUUCCCGCCCCUGCGAAGCAAGGUGCCCCAGCUGGCGCGCCUCCAGCUGCUGCCGCUCCCGCAGUUCCUGCACCCGCAGAAUCCUCUGCUGCUACUUCUGUCCCUGGAACAACCACAACCACUAUCACCGUACCAGCGGCAACUGCUUCUGCAGCUCCCGCUGCCUAA